ACAUGCCCCUCUGGUCACACUCAGCCAAGCUAUUGAAUUUUAGGCAUCCAUUUUCAAAACUGAGGAAACUUAAAUCAAUUAAAUUCGAUACAAUGGCGUUGGAUUCGGAUAUCAACCUCAUAUUGUCGCAGAGCACCCGAUUGAUACCCGACCUGAUCAUCAGCCAUAGCGAUUUGGUCAAACCCACUGUGGGAUGUCUCACCAAGAUCUUUGUUCACUAUCUGCGAUGCUUCGGUUUUCGAGUGGAGCCACCGUUUAAGCUGGGCAGCGAGACUAUUGACCAGUCGCGGGAGACGCGGGUCUUCCUCAUCCACCUGUGCCGCCAAAUAGAGAGCAUCGUGAAAUUGUCAUUUCCCAACAAGACGUACCUCUACAUGGACUUGAUCAAGCCAGCCACCAGAAAGACGCUAAGCACCUUAGACUACCUGUUCAACUUUCUUGCCUACUACAAUCUGUUCAAAAAGGAUGUCCUGGGACCCGUUGAGCAGGGUAUCAAGGCCCGGGACACAUUGUUGGCCGAGAUCAAAGUCAAGCAGAGGGAGUUGGAGCAGCAUAAAAAGACUGUAGCCACCAUAACAGCGGACAUGGAAGCUUGCAAGCUCGAGAUCAACAAGUUGAAGGCGGAACUGCACGAGACCAAGACGAAGCUUGCCCGGCAAAAGAAAAGCACCAGCGAGCAGGAAAAUGGCUUGGAACACUAUGAGCAGCAGGAGAAUGAACUGAACAAGCGCAUCAAGCACUGGGAGCAGCUGGUGGUGGAGGAAAACCAAGUUCUGGAACUAAAGAAGCAAAUCCAGAGCACGAUAUUACACGUCGAGAGUUGCAAAAAGGAGCUGGCCAGCACUGAGCAGAUAAUCGAUAGCCAACGCAGCUUGAUCGAGGACAGCCAGCAGAUCGUCGUGGCCCUGGAAAAGGCAACUCCCUUGCUGACAUUAUCCCAGUUGGAAGACUACAAGAAGAACACCAAGCAACUGGAGGUAUUGCGCAAGCAGUUACCCGCCCUGGAGGCUCGAAAUCAAAAGGCCCUCAAGGAGGCUGAGGCAGGGAAGAAGCUGCUCCUCGACGAAAAGCAGCAGAUUCAGCAACUAAGGGAAAAACACAAGACGGAAUCCAAAGAGGCCCAGGAACACAUCGAACAGCGGGAAACCGAUAUCGAAGGCCGGGGUAAAGCGGUGACAGAACUGCAGAACGAAAAUGAGGCUCUGGCCGAGCAAAUCGAAAAACAGGAAGAACUGCGCGGUAUUUUGUGUGAGAAUCUCGAAAUCAUACUCGGGGAAAACAGCAAGUGGCAUUAGGUUAGCACUAAAUAUACCGAUUUUAUUCUAAAACUGCAAA